CGCAGCGCCUGUGCGGGUGUCCCCCCCCGGCUUAGCUCCGGGACAUGGCCUCCGGGCGGCGCGGGCCCGGGAUCGAACGACGCUGUGCUGCGGCCGCGCGGCUGAGAGCCCGGUCACCCCCGAUCACCCGGUUUACCGAUGGCAGACGGUGACACCGGGGACUUCGCCCCGAAAACGGUCCCCCGGACGGACGUCCGCCCUGACCCGGGGCUUCUGCGUUCGGCUCGCUCCCAGGUCCCAGGGAGCCUCCAGGGCCCGGACCAGGCUGCAGAGCCGAGAGGGCGGAUGCCUCCACUGCGGCGGGGAGAGGGAGCCCCCGCCCUCCAUAUCCGGGCCCAGGACAGGGGCUGCUGCCCUCCUUGCAGGUCUGCGGAUGGAAGGUGCCGGCCGGCUGGAGCGGCGGAGGGCAGGCGUCCAGCCCCCGUCUCCCACGGACAGCGUUCGUGUCCGGUACUAAGGCAGGAGGAGCAGAGAGACGAAGGAGACCACCGGGGAAGGAAGAAUCCGGGGCGGCCCACGGCUCCAGAGCCGGGGAGUGCGGCCCCCAGAGGCCAGGGAUGGUGCUGUGAGGAGGGGGCUGCCAGCCCUGGGGAGCGGGAACCCCACAACGGAGGCAGCCAGUUUCAGGGACAGCCCUUGAAGGAGGAGCGUGAGGUCAGGGACUCCUGUCCGCGUCCCUUGCAUCUCUCUCUAGGGCUGCUGGCGCUGGAGCUUCAAGGAGGCUGCAGGCAGGGGAGGAGGAGACGGGUUUGCCGCCCCAGGCCGGACCCGAGCAGGGGGCCCAUGGGCGUCCUCGGAGACCGACUUUACCAAGGCGACUGGAGGCCUGGGAGUGGGCCUGGGGCUUUUACUGAGUGACGAGGCAGGUUCCGGGUUGAAUGCGGGCUGGGCCUGCCGGCAGGGGUGCUGGGACAGCAGCCAGGGAAUGAGGGGUCCUGAAGAGGGACAUGGAGCCUCCUGGAGGCUGGGAGCCG